AUGCUGUCGACCGCUGGCCGCGCCGGGCCUGCUUUCGGGCUGGGGUGUGAGGCCGCGGGGGGCCCCGUCGCACGGCACCGCUUCUCCCCGUACACGUUCAACGGCGGGACGGUGUUGGCAAUUGCUGGUGAAGAUUUCUCUUUGGUUGCUUCAGACACUCGGCUGAGUGAAGACUAUUCAGUUCAUACACGGGACAGCCCAAAAUGCUACAAACUGACAGAGAAAACAGUCAUUGGUUGCAGUGGAUUUCAUGGAGAUUGUCUUACUCUUACUAAAAUUAUUGAAGCAAGACUGAAGAUGUACAAGCAUUCCAAUAACAAGAUGAUGAGUUCAGGGGCAAUUGCAGCCAUGCUCUCUACGAUUCUGUACUCACGACGCUUCUUUCCUUACUAUGUUUACAACAUAAUUGGUGGAUUGGAUGAAGAAGGGAAAGGUGCCGUGUAUAGUUUUGACCCAGUAGGUUCCUACCAGAGAGAUACUUUCAAAGCUGGUGGAUCAGCCAGUGCAAUGCUGCAGCCUCUGCUGGACAACCAGGUUGGCUUCAAGAACAUGCAAAACGUGAAGCAUGUGCCUUUGUCCCUGGAAAAGGCUUUGCAGCUGGUAAAGGAUGUCUUCAUUUCUGCUGCAGAAAGAGAUGUCUACACUGGGGAUGCCCUAAAAAUCUGCAUCAUCACAAAAGAUGGAAUUAAAGAGGAAACUGUUCCAUUACGAAGAGACUAAAUUUGUGCUUAGUUCAGUUAAAGUCUUCAGUGUGUAAUCUUAAUUUUAUGCAUGCUAUGUACUGGCU